AUGGCUGUGUUGCAGGAAGGUGUUGAACACCUUCUCGCCAUAAUUUCCUCGUUUUCAAAGUCGCACAUAGCUCCUUUGUGCACUGCGAUUGUUAAAAGUGAAAAUAUCAUACUUGGAGACGAUGAUCGUGAAGGAUUUUUUCAUUCUUUUGUGGCACUGUCUGCUCAUUACAUUGGAUUAAAUGUUACACAGUGUGGUGCCAACUUGCAAAUAAUCAUCAAAGCAUGUAAAGUACUCUUGAAAUUUUCUCUUUUGGAAUUGGAGAGAAAAAGGGAAACUAAUCAACCCUUUGUGAAGAAACAUUAUUUAGUAUCCAUCAUUGAAGGCCUUUGUAAAGGACAUGGUUGUCUAAAGAGAACAGAAAUUGUCACUCUGACAGCAAUCUUGAAGUCAGCCAAUGUGUUGAAGGAUACUGGCAGUGCAACAGAAAAACAGAAGGAUACGUCCCUUAGUCAGGGUGAAGACUUUUUUCAAAGGCUUCAAACAGCAUUUACUGAGACAGGAGAAGGUCAUUCAAGCCUCAUCAAAGACAAGAACAGGGCAGAAAAUGAGAAGAGUUUGUCCUCUGAUCCAAGUAGCACCGAUGUCAAGAGCUUCUUUUCUAACUGCAACGUGGCAGCCCUGAGACAGCUUGGAGGUGGAAGAGUUCUGUUAGACCUGUGUCUUUCCUUGCCUGAAUUUUCAAAGAUUGCAUCCAAACCAGAAUCAUCAGCAACUUUGAUUAGUUUAACAUCCUCAAGUAUUCAGAGUCUGUCCUCAGAGCUGUUGGUUGUGUCCAGCAUAAUUUCCAUCCCAAUACUGGAACCUCUCUCAGCAGCUAGAGUUGAGAAAGUCUGUCAGCUGGCAUUAGGAUGCUUGGAUGUGGCUCUGACAAUUGCUACAGGAAACUUCAAUAUAGUAGGAGCUGCAGGAACAACAGGUUUGAGUCGACCACUCUCAGUUAAAACACUGGGAAGGUCUUCCUUGUCAAAAGCUUCUGGAGCAAAAUCUGUCAGCAAAAUGUCUGGUGAAGAAGAAAGCCUUGAAAAAUGUGCCCAAACCAUUGUAGAAAAUUGUAUCAAUGUGUUUGAUGUGAUAUGCGGAGUAAUACAAUCCUCAUCUCGGGCUGGAGGUCAGGUAUUGCAGAAUGUUCACAUGCUAGCGGCACACAGGAUUAUUCAAAGCCUUCUUCCUGUUUUGGGACUUAUUGCUGAGGAUGGUACAUCCAAGGAGAGUGCUGCUUCUAAAUUUAAAUGGCUACAAGGAGUGAACACACUGGUGGUUGUGCUUGCCUCACGAGGAAUCACUCUCCUGUCUUCACUUUUGGAAGAGCUGCAAGUGGAAGGAUUACUGACAGACCUUGAAGAUAGACAUUCUUCAGUUGGGUCUGACUUCUCUGUCAAUUCACGUUGCUCUGCAUGGAAGAGAGUGACAAAGCUGAUGGAUGAACUGCCUCUGUUGAAUUACCUGUUUGCACAGUUCUCUACCUUGUACAAAAUGGCAACUGCCAUGAUCACUCCAGCAGUAUCAGCAGGUCAGGCAUCCUCACGACCAAGCUCAGCCAAAUCAGACAGCUCAAAAUCUCCAGCUACAUCAUCAGACGAAGGAGACAGUGAAUACAUCUCUUACUCUGAUGGGAGCAGUGAAGACGAAGAAUCAUUGCUUGGUCAGUGGUUUCAAGACACGUUAUCAUCAACACCAGCAAUUCUAUCUGCCAGCCCACAACCCCCAACAAGAAAGAAAUCAGAAAGUGGAGAUGUUGGAGACAGUGGGACAGAGACUACACCCUCUGGACGGUCAUUCCAGAUGGCACCUGAGGAGUACAUCUACCUGGCAACAUGCACCCUCCAGUUCUUAUCCAAACACUUAUUGAGCAGCUCAAUACCAGAAAUGACAGAGUAUGUUAGCCAUUCCUUUACUGAGACACACAUCAUUGGGCUUGUGGGAGUUGUCAAGGAUCUGGAUCAACUAGCUGUGAUCAGCAUGCCAAGUUAUGUUGACAUGGACAAGCUUUGCAGUGCUGUUGAUCAGGCAGUCCACCUGCUUCUUGUAUCAGACUUGCUGACACAACAUCAACAGGAUGUUUUCCUCAGUCAUCUGGGUUUGGCACCUCUAGGUCAUGGACCAUGGCCAUUAAAAGUGAGUCAACGUUGUCUGGGUAUCCUUGCAAGGGUGUUACUGGCUCGACAGCAGAAGGCAUUGCAAAUUUCUAGCACUGGGAUGGAUAUUGAAGAAUGCAUAAAUGUUUGGAAAAGGUUGAUUGACACUCUUAAAGAUUACUGUCUCACAAGUGAGGAUUUUACUCCACUUACCAUUCCAGAUCUCAAUGUGGAACAUCUCCAACUUCUGCUGUUCAUUUUCCACAACUUUUCUCUGAAUCAGCGUAAAUCACUCAUCACUUAUUGUGUCAGCGUGCUUAUAACCAUUGCCAACUCAUUGUCAAUAUUGCAUUCUCCUCCCUUGGCACUGGGUCGUCUCUUAUUGCUGUUGGAUUACUUUCUUCACCAUUUGUCAGCACCACCAGAAGAUCUAUUUAAACAGGUGCAGCAUAACCUAUUCCAAAGCUGUGCCUCAGCCAACUCAAGAUUUAUGGAGGACCAAGGCUGUGCAGAUUCCUUUGAACCUUUGUAUUAUGCUGCUAAUAACUCUGAAGAAGACUCUUUGAAAGUUCCUUUACUGGCUGAUGAGCUCAAGUUACCCAAGUCUCACAGUUUGACGCCCAGAUUUUAUGAGAUAAGAUCUGUUCUUGUAGGGAAUGACAUGGAUAAAGAGGCUUGCUCUACACUUUUAAGUUUGUCUGGAGAUGGUCAAAACUACAAGGAUUUUUAUUCAGCAAUGAUCAAGUUUCUGAUGGUGGGAUCUCACCCAGGAGACAGUUAUCAUUCAGGGCCAGUUGAUGGUGCAGUUGUGAAGCACAGCUUCAACCUUGCAUGGCGGAUACUAGACUGUCUACCACCAUCAGUUGAUUUUUUUCAGAAACUUCUUCAAGAUCUUGAGAGACAGCAUCUUCAAGUAACUGACCCCGACCUAGCAGAACUUUUGUGUAGUCUGAAAUUUGUGUCAAAACUUGGCACUUCAAGUCCAGAUGCUGCCUUCUGUGAAACACUCAAGAACAGUCUUGUUGAUCAAGGAAUGUCCAGUGAAGACUCUAAGAAAAUGAUUGAUAAAGUAACAAGUUUGAGUGGUGAUCUCCAUCACAGUGUCAUGAUGGCAAAACAGUUCUUGAUAGAGAUGUUGAAACUUCACACUGAACUUGUCCAGGCUGACAGACCUUAUAAACUACCAGGACUACUGAGCCUUUGCACACUUGAUGCUGUCAUUGGAAAAACUCAUGUGGCACUAAAUUCUCUCUUUGGAAACUGUGAUGAAGAUCCUGAUUUAACCCUUGUUGUGGAAAAUGCCAAUGAGUUAUUGCCUGCACUCAUUGACUUGAUUUCAUUAUAUCAGAAAUUUGUUGGGCUUUGUUUGCUGUUUGAUGCUACAAAGCAGAAGAAUGACGAUAGCGAGGGAAUGGAGGCAUUGCAGGCGUACUCCAGUGUCCUAAAGAUUGGGUGUAUGCGACUUCCUAAACACUCAUGUCUUUCAGUGACAUUCUUGGCAGGUCUUCCCACAUCUGUGAAAAAACAUUUGGAGAAAUGGAACAACAUUGUGCUCACAAAUUUUCCCUCUGCAUCAUCAUGGAAGACAUCAUCAUGUCUAAUUGAAGUCGGCACAGAAAACUUUCUGGAUUCUCUGGUGUCAGCUCAUGUGUUGGCUGUCUGCAGUGGUAAUAUCUUGGAUAUUGCACCAGCUCUUAAACACACUCUUCACUCAUUGGUUCAGCUAGCUGCUGAUUUGCUUUCGUGGUGUCCAAAAGAGGAACACUCAAUGCAAACUGCCCUGGGGAAGCAACUGUGUGAUAACAUAGUACCACUUAUGGUGGAUGCCACUACAGAGUAUUUGUCUGAACAGUGUAACACCAUCUUGGAGCGAGUCAUUGACUCAGCAGACAGUGACAAAUUUGCCAAUUGUAUUCAGUCUUAUGUGCUAUCAAAAUGUCACAAACUUCUUUUAGACCAGUCAAGAGCUAGUAGAUCUGAUAUUGGUGAAGAGGUUCUGGUGGACUGUUUGAAAUACAUGGAUUCCUUGUUGGACAAAGUGUCUGACCACUCACUAUUGGAUCAGUUGUACUCAAAGAACAGAGAACUCUGCCAAGUUAUUGUGUUCUCUGCAAACAAGCGCCUAUCUCUUGGAUAUGUCAAUAGAACACUGAAACUGGCAGUUCGCUUCCUGCAACUUGCUGAGAAACCUGUAAACUCCAGUAUGCGCUCGUUAUGUUCAAGUCUCUCUGAGCUUUGCCACAUAGACCAUGCAAACAUUGAGGCAUGGCUGAGAAGGAUCAUCUUAGGUGUGGAAGAAGACAAAGGGAACACUGGAAAGAUGGCAGAUAACAGACUUCUCUUACAGACAUUUGCCACUCAUAUUGUCAAGGAGUCAAGCCCUGUUGGUGAAGAAGUAAGCCACUGCCUGCUAAAAUGCUUAAUUCCACUGGGAAAUGAGCUCCUGCCAGAUGUCCCUGGAGAGUGGAGUAAUAUUGGAUCCAAAUUUGGUGACCUCAUGAACACAGCUGCUGUGCUGGCCAGUGCAGGUGAUGGAGCAGGACAUCUUACACUCUGUGCUGCCAUCAUUAAGUGGCUGGAGAAAUGCAAAACCCAACUUCUCAUGGUAGCAGAAAGUGGCGAGAAAGGAAAAGAGAGUGGCAUUGUAGAAGCUGCUGGGCCUCUUCUCCGGUAUCUAGCAGAGCUAAUGAGAGCUCUUAAAUACUCCUCAGAAAAGGAAUGCCCUCCAUCACCAUCACUGUGCCCAGUUGAUGGUGAAUCAUUGCUGCAGGAUGUAGAAUCUGAUUGGAUGGAUGAUAUGGGUGGUGAUGACGAAGACUCUGGUGGAGAAGAGUCGGAUGAAGAUUCUCUUUGCAACAAGCUCUGUACAUUUACAAUGACUCAGAAAGAGUUUAUGAACCAACACUGGUACCACUGCCACACCUGUAAGAUGAAUGAUGGGGUUGGCGUGUGCACAAUAUGUGCUAAAGUCUGCCAUAAAGAUCAUGACAUCUCAUACGCUAAGUAUGGUUCGUUCUUUUGUGAUUGUGGGGCUAAAGAAGAUGGAAGCUGUACGGCUUUGGUUAAACGCACCCCAAGCAGUGGAGGGGAUAGUCAGGUAGCUGUUCCACCGUCACCAUUUGCCACAGGAGAAAUGGAUGAAGGACAUGAUGAUGCUGAAGGUUCCACCUCUAGUAAAGUAUCAUCCUCGGUUUCUGGAGCAAGCUUAUCUACAGCUGCUGCUACUCCUGGAAUAGCAUGUUCAAGUGGAACGGGAAAUGAUGGUGGCCUUGAAGAUUCAGCACUUACGUCUAAGUCUGUGGAAGCCUUGGCAAAGCAGCUUGAGAAGCACAAGAUUGGACUGGUCAGCCAACUGGAGAACUCUUCUGUGAUAACAACUACCUUAGACCUUCUUCAGUGGCUGAUGGGGCCUGAUGCGGGAGGGCCCAGUAGUGUUGGAAUGGGAGUGUCCAAGGCUAUAAAGGGUUCUAUGAAAGAACUGCACUUGACGGACAAGAGCGUGGAGAAUACUGAUCAACUUCUGGUUCCAACUUUGGGAUCUCAAGAAGGAGCUUUUGAGAAUGUAAGGAUGACAUUCAGUGGAGAACAAGGACAAACCAUCCGACAGCUGAUCGGUGCACAUGUCCUGAGGCGUGUUGCCAUGUGUUGCUUGGCAUCGCCAAAAGGGAGAAGGCAACAUCUGGCCGUUAGCCAUGAAAAGGGCAAGAUUACAGUUCUUCAAUUAUCAGCUCUCUUAAAGCAAGCUGAUUCCAGCAAGAGAAAACUAACCUUGACACGCCUUGCAACAGCUCAGGUACCCUUUACAGUUUUAUCUAUCUCAGGGAACCCCUGCAAUGAGGACUUUCUGGCAGUGUGUGGACUGAAGGAUUGCCAUGUGCUGACAUUCAGCAGUUCUGGAUCUGUGGUGGAUCACCUUGCUCUUCAUCCUCAACUGGAGACUGGAAAUUUUAUCAUCAAAGCUGUUUGGCUUCCCGGGUCACAAACACAACUAGCUCUUGUCACUGCCGACUUUGUUAAGAUUUAUGAUCUGUCUCAAGAUGCGCUGAGUCCUCUGUACUACUUCCUGCUACCAAGUGGAAAGAUCAGAGAUAUCAGCUUCAUUUUUAAUGACACCGAUCGAAGUUUGAUACUAAUGUCAUCAGGAGGACAGUUAUAUCUUCAGCCUAUGGAUGAAACCAGCAGUGCAAUCAAUGGCCCUUUUUAUCUGACGAAUACAUUACCCAUUGAACAUUCUGAUUUACAAGAUUCCAAUGGCCAAGUUGCCGGCGGAGGAGUGUCAGUGUAUUACUCUCACAUCUUACAGCUGCUGUUCUUUAGUUACAGUCAAGGGAAAACGUUUGUUGCUCCUUGGAGCAAAGACCAAAAGGAAAUUAAGAAGAUGUUUCCAGUGAACUUCAAGAGCAGUUCAGGUGGAAAUAAAAACUCUCAGUAUGCUGCUCUGUGUCAGUGGAGCGAAGUGCCACAGCAUCCUGGACUGGUGUGUUGUCUGACUCACACAGCUGGUGUUCCUGUGGUGUUGAUGGUCAAACCACAUCAAAUAUUGAUCCAGGAGAUUAAAGCAACAUCAUCUAAAGCAAAAACUCAAGACAUGGUAGCUAUCCGCCAUUCUGUGAGCACGUCUGAUCAGCUACGCACCACCAUGAUUCUCCUUUGCGAAGAUGGCAGCCUUCGUGUAUUCAUGGCCAGUGCUGAGCAUACUGGCUAUUGGAUGGCUCCUGAAUUCCAACCUGUGAGGCCCCUCAACAUAGUGAAGCCUGUUCGCAAGAAGAAAACAUCCAAAGCCAGAGUUAAAUCCACAGCUGUCAGUUUCCCAGUGGAUUUCUUUGAGCACUGUCAACCAUUUUUCAAUGAAGUUGAGUUUGGCGGAGGAGAUAUUCUUCAAGUUUAUAACGUGCAGCAAGUAAAACACAGACUAAUGACUGCUGGAAUGUAUAUCGCAAGUACAAAGCCAAAUGGUUUCAAUAUUGAGAUAACUAACACAAACCCUCGUGUUAUAAUGGUUGGUGUGAGAAUUCAAAUUGGCUGUCAGUCAGUGGAGAAAGCGCCAUCCUUUGUAGAAAUCUUUGGCAGAGUUAUUCAGUUGACACUAACGAGAAAUAGAUGGUUUGAUCUUCCAUUUACAAGAGAGGAAUCAUUGACUGCUGAUAAAAAGUUUUCUUUGUUCAUUGGCCAGUCUUUAGACCCAUCAGGAGUGACCAUGUUGGACUCAGUGAAGGUGUAUACCAAAACAAAAGAGGCGUUUGGUUGGCCUGAUGAUCCUCAGGAGGAGAUUUCUUCUACGCCUGGUCUGGGCAGUGCAGCUAGUGUGGAUACUGAAACGGAAAUAGUAAACUCAGUUCCUCCAAUGACACCCUCUGACAAACUGGUGGUGCACUUACUGGAGGUGGUCGAUGGCUGCUUCUCCAGCUUUGUGUCUCAGGAUGGGUCCUCAAGGCAGUCGGCACUUGAUGCUGCUACCUCACUCAUGACCAGUGCUAUGCCAUCCAGUGUCCAACAUCAAGCCCAGACUCUCCUCGCCACUUUACAUCCGUCCAAAGUUUCUUAUCACAGCCACAAGGAUCAGGCACAGCUUUCACAAGUAGUAAACUUCCUCUGUAAGCUUGAAAGUCCUUGUGAUGAAGAAGAAACAAAGGAAGAAGAGAAAGAUACAGAAGUUGAAAAGACACCUGAGACAGAAAAUAAAGAAGAAACCGAAGAGAUUGUGGUGAAUGUCAGUGAAUUGGAUGUAGAGAGUUUCCAGCAUCUGGUGGUGAGUGCUAGAUCUGUGGCCAUUACAAGACCUAGUAAUCUGGCAAAGUAUACCGUCCUGCCUGAACAAAAGACAAGAGAUGAGAGUGAUGAGAAGCACCAUUUCGCUGUAUGUCUAAUGAAUGCCUUUUGGAAGCUGCACAGUUGUCAACCUGUAAACCUUGUUCUGUCGCCAUUGUCUUCUAUUGGAUUCCAAAAUGUGGAGUCGACGGUGACAGCUCUUGUUGACAUCGUCCAUGCCUUUGCAAUAGCAGAUCCCUCCAAAGUUGGGCUUGCCGUCAAACAGUACGUGAAAAUGCUGCUGUGCGAGGACCAAUCUGUCAGCUUUGCCUGCAAACAGGCAUUGAUGCGACUCAUACACAAACACCGGCAUGGGACGGGUAACUCCCCUCUUCAGUGCAACACACCCGUAGGGGAAGGAGCUGGAGGAGAUGAAUUUGAUGGGGAAGAUGAUGAAGCAGACCAAGAUAGAGCCGAUGGAACCCCUCCAGACGAACCAAGUGGAACUGAAGCGGAUGAAACUGAGACAGGGAGGCAGCAAGCUGCGGAGGCCCAUGAGGUUGCACCAGAAGAGCCUGCUCAAGAACAAAGCCAGCCAUCAGCAGCGGUGCCAUCCAUAGCAAGUGCCGCCAGUCAUCUAGAGGCCUUACUUCUUGGUGCUGGUGGCUUACCAGGCAUGUUGGAUCUGCCUCCAGAUGCAGAUGACGAAGCCAUGGUGGAGCUUGCCAUUGCUCUUAGCCUUCAGGACCAAGCGAGUGGACAAGGUCUCAAUCUUCCUGGUUUGCCACUUCCUGCUGCUCAAGCUAUCGGAAUGCCCGUUGAAGCUGCCAUGUCGUCUGAUACAGCUUCAGGUCAAGGAAGCGAAGAUGAGUAUGAAGUUCCUCCUUGUAGUGCCCAGGGCUCUUCAGCAGGGCAUAGUGCUCCAAGGUCACCUCUGCCACCAGACACGGGACAUGGUGGGGCUGAGUUUGAAAGUGGAAGCAGUGUGGACUCAGUUUCUGCGGAGACUGGGACAAGCAUAGAAACUGUCACCGUGGGAAAUGAGCAAGCAGCUGCUCUGGACAGCCAACCUGGUAGCGGGAGUAAUGGAGAUGGGGAACAGGGUCGGGCUCAUGCGUCAGGAGACAAAGAAUCACAGAUGGAUCAUGAGAAGCUACACUCGCUGAAGCUUCUGCUUUUGGAUGAACUGUUGCUUCAUCUUCCUAAGUUGCAAGAUGUUGGUGGUGUCCAGGCCAUACCCUUCAUGCAGGUCUUGCUGAUGCUGAGUUCUGAUUUAGAAGACAGCGAGAGAGACAGGGCAGCAUUGAGUAAAGUGUUGUCGACAUGCCUUGAAGAGCUGAAGCUGGAUCAGAUGCAGGAUGUGAAACACAUUUCAUCCCGAACCAAACAACACGAGGUCUGGCUGAUUAUCAUGAGGCUGUUGAGUGUACUGAUGUCAAGAACAAAGUCCAGUUCAAAAACUGGUUCUGAGGCUUCUUCUCUGGUGUGUAGACAAACGUCUGCCACAUUGUGUGAGGUGGGAAUUACAAGUAACUGUCUGAACAUUCUGAAGACUCUUUUGGAGCACUGGAGAGAGGUGGCCAGCCACGAGGAAGAGGAGCCGUCAGGUAUCGGUGGAGCACUACUGAAGCCUCAUCCCACAAGCCCACCGCCGGACAUGUCACCAUUCUUCUUGAGACAGUAUGUCAAGGGCCACGCCGGAGAUGUUUUUGAAGCUUAUCCACAGCUACUAACCGAAAUGGCUCUGAGACUUCCAUACCAGGUGAAAAAGGUUGCAGAUUCUCUUCAUCUUGACAAUUCCCCACAGUUUGGCGAGGAAUGGUAUCAAAUCUUGUGCGAGUACCUUUUGAUUCAGCAGACUCCAUUUGUGAGGAGACAAGUGCGAAAGCUGUUGCUGUUCCUGUGUGGAUCCAAAGAAAGCUAUCGUCAGUUGAGAGACCUUCAUGCUCUCAAAUCACACAUGAAAAUUGUUAGGGACCUGAGCAAGCAAGGUGGUUUUAGAUAUGAAAAUCAGAGCAAUCCUCCGAUCAACUUACCUUAUGACACUCUCAUUACACUGAUUGAACACUUAAAGGCAUGUUCUGAAAUUGCGUCAAGUCGUAUCAGCAACUGGCAGGCAUUCUGCCUUCAGGAAACAGAUACCCUGCCAUUUCUGUUGAGGAGCAGCUUCCUGUUUGAAGAGGGUGUCACGCCUCUAAUGUUACAGUUGUUGGGAUAUGCCAUUUGUGAAAUGAAGUCACAGCCAUCAAGCUCUCCACAGAAGAGCAAGAAGGACAAGGACAAAGAGAAAUCGAAGAGCAAAGAUAAGGAAUCUGACAAAGACAAAGAAAAACACAAGGACAAGGAGAAGGCUUCAGGCUCAGGAGACACUGGGAGGAGUGAAGCAGCUGCUCAGAGUCUGGUUCAGUUGCUACAUGACAGUGUCGAUGGAGAACUGAUGAUUCAGUUUGUUCAGACCUUCCUUUUAGAGUCUAAUGCGACUGCCGUCAGGUGGCAGGUUCACGAACUGCUUUACAAUAUGCACAAGUACUCAACUAACGACCAGCAAGUGAAGUUGUCCAAGAUGAUGUGGAAAAUCUGGCCUUACCUACCAGACUAUGGCCGACGAGCGGCUCAGUUUGUCGAUCUUCUGGGCUACUUUUCGAUCAAGUGUGAAUCAAGCUCUCAUGAGUUGCAGGAAUAUUGUGUAAAGGCAGUUCAAGUAUUGAUGGUACAGAAUAAUGUUCUUGCAAACCAUCCUAACUCUAACGUUUACAGGAUGUUGUCCGGAUUUGUUGAGUUUGAUGGCUAUUAUCUGGAGAGUGAUCCCUGUCUUGUCUGUAACAAUCCGGAAGUUCCUUUCCAGAGCCUGAAGCUGUCUGCCAUCAAAGGAGAUUCCCGCUUCACUACAACGUGUCAGCUUGUAAAGCUGAUUGGAAGUCACACAAUCUCAAGAGUUACGCUGAGGAUUGCAGAUCUCAAGAGGCAAAAAAUGGUCCGAACCAUUAAUUUAUACUACAACAACCGCACCGUGCAAGCAGUCGUGGAACUGAAAAACAAGAGAUCCUUGUGGCACAAAGCAAAGAAAUGUCACCUCACUCCAGGCCAAACAGAGCUAAAGGUUGACUUUCCACUGCCUAUAGUUGCCAGCAACUUGAUGAUCGAAUAUGCUGAUUUCUACGAGAAUUUUCAGGCUUCCUCCGAAACUCUCCAGUGCCCCCGUUGCAGUGCAUCCGUAAAUGCUAAUCCUGGUGUUUGCAGUAACUGUGGAGAGAAUGUUUACCAGUGCCACAAGUGCAGGUCAAUAAACUAUGACGAGAGGGAUCCAUUUUUAUGCAAUGCAUGUGGAUUCUGCAAAUAUGCCAAGUUUGACUACACACUUACAGCUAGACCAUGUUGUGCCGUGGACCCGAUUGAGAAUGAAGAGGACCGAAAGAAGGCCGUCGGAAACAUCAAUUCACUGCUGGAGCGAGCAGAUAGGGUUUAUCGCCAGCUUGUGUCUCACAGACAGCCCUUGGACCUUCUGUUAAACAGGCUUCUCGAACAUGGACAGCAAGAACCACUACAGGAGAGUAUACCCGCUGCCGCACCGACAGCAGCACAAAUAGUUGCGGGAGCUUCAGCAUCCAGCAGUUCUUCUGCUAAUACGGGAGUCAACAAGGCCAUCCAAGCUUUGGCUCAUCGCUAUUGUGUUGAGUGCAAGGGCACAUUUGAUGAACUCAGCAAGAUCACUCAGAAAGUACUAGCCUCCCGGAAGGAGUUACUCGAGUAUGACUGCCGCGAGUGUAAAGGUCCAACAGAAGGCGCUAGCGGUUCUUUGUUGCUUACGACGGGUGCUAAGGGUUUGCCUGGAGAAUGUUAUGGUUGUGCAUCGGCUGCUAUAGAGCACUGUGUCACACUAUUGAGAGCAUUAGCCAUGGUGCCAGGGACUCGUAAGCAACUGGUGGAAGAGGGCCUCAUACAAGAACUUGUCGAGUUCAACCUGCAUGAAGGCACUCCGCAGAUGAGGAGUGACGUGAGACAUCUGCUGUGUUUGUUGACCAAAGAUAACGAAGUUGCCACAAAUCAACUGAAUGAAAUAUUAAUCGGAGCAGUUGGUGAAGCUGUCGGUAGCCAUAAAUCUAAUCCCGCUGUGGUCUCAGGAAUCAGUCGGGAAAUGCUACUUUUGAGUAAUGCAGUUGAAAUGGAGGAUUCAUGCUGGGAGAUGCGUUUGAGAUGCGUAAUGACACUAUUCAUGAUGUCUGUGGAGGUACGGAGUCCCCUUAUCAUGGAAAGCAUCACCGUACCCUGUCUAAAGAUCUUACUUAAACUUGUGAAACCCCCUUCACCCAGCAGUAAAACCAAUAAGGACAAAGAUUGCAAGUCGUUGGGCUCAGUUCAAGGUUAUAGUGACGUGCGCAUUAAAGCCAAGCAAUGGAUGGAUGGAGAUGCCAGCCAUACUUAUUCUCAUUGGAAAGCCAUGGCUCCCACUAAAUCUAAAGUGACAAAUGGGGAAAACCGCAGUGAAGCACGGAAACGACACCUGAUGGAGAAGUACGGCAGGAAGUGGAGAGAAAGGACCAAGAGGAACGAAACAAGUGACGAGCAGGAUCUGCGCGAGGAGGAGUGGCUGAGACAAGUGCUGUUUACUCCGUCUAACAGGGCAGCGCGAGAGAUGGCCUGCACUAUGAUAGAGUCUUUGUGUCAGAUACCCAGCCGACAGCAGCAUAUGUUGGACUUGCUCACAAGUUAUCUGGAGGAAGUUCGAACUGCAGGAGAGAAUGCUGCUGAGUUCUUCCAGUUGUAUCAGCGGUUGACUCAGCCUACUUACUGGAAAUUCUACUUAGCACUACAAGGAGCUCUGUUGCAAAUUGGUCAGCUGUUGACAAAGGAAAUAGAGCAUUUGACCUACCUGGAGCAGUACACUCUCAGUUCUGAUCUGUCUCAGGGAUAUGCUUUGAAGAUGUUGGCUGAAUUGAUGUCUUCCUUCCUUGAACAUGAAGCGAUCAAACAAAAGUUCAAAGGACGACUGGUAGCCACAGUGCUAAAUGGUUACUUGUCCUUGCGAAGAUUGGUUGUUCAGCGCACAAAACUGAUUGAUGAAACGCAAGAGAUUUUACUGGAAUUAUUGGAAGAAAUGACUACUGGUACGGAGACAGAAACCAAGGCUUUCAUGGCUAUUUGUGUGGAAACCCUGAAGAGGUAUGGUCUGGAUGACCUCAGGACUCCAGUGUUCAUUUUUGAGCGGCUUUGCAGUCUUAUCUUUCCCGAAGAAAACGAUGUCGGCGAGUUCUUUCUUACGCUGGAGAAAGAUCCUCAACAAGAAGACUUCCUUCAAGGACGCAUGCAAGGAAAUCCUUACAGCUGCAACGAGCCUGGUAUGGGUCCGCUUAUGAGAGAUGUCAAGAACAAGAUAUGCACCGAUUGUGAAUUGGUGGCGUUACUGGAGGAUGACAGCGGAAUGGAGCUACUCGUUAACAGUAAGAUCAUAAGUCUGGAUUUACCUGUAAAAGAUGUUUACAAGAAAAUAUGGUGUCCUGAAGGAGAGGGUGAACCAAUGCGGAUUAUCUACCGAAUGCGAGGUCUGUUAGGAGAUGCCACGGAAGAGUUUGUGGAGAAUCUUGAUACUCAGAAGGAAGAGGAACUGGAUGACGAAGAGGUGUAUAAGAUGGCCUCAAUUAUGUCUACUUCUGGCGGGCUCGAGGCCAUGCUGAGCAGGUUAAGCGGCAUUAAGGAUCUUGUACGUGGCAAGCAGUUGGUGUCAGUCAUACUGAAGCUCAUGGGAUAUUGCGUGAAACUCAAGGUUAACAGACAAUACUUGUGUCUCCCCACUUUGAACACACUCAACGUCCUUCUUGGAACACUGAACCAGGCCCUUCGACUGGAAGCUGAUUCCGGAGGUGGUGCAAGCAUUGCAGAGGACGUGUUAGGGAUCAUGGAGACUGUGCUGCAGGAAGCCACCAGCACUCCUACUCCUGAUAUCCCCAUCCAACAGGGGGAUGGCUCCCAGUUGGACAUGCUGCUCAACAGGAUUACAAGUCCUUACGUGAGGACCCACAGCAGUGUACUUCAAGCCAUGAUGCGAAUCAUUCCCUUCUUGACAUUUGGAGAUGAAGGAAACAUGAGGACCCUGAUCAACCAUUUCCUACCAUACCUCGACUUUGAGAAGUUUGAUCGAGAGCGUUCCAAUGACGAAACUCUAUUUUGUGACUGUUUCUGCAGUAUAGCAAGUAAAAUUGAGAACAAUCACAAUGGCUUCAAGCUAAAGGACAUGAUCAUUGAGAAUGGAAUUGUUGCUAAAGCAAUGACAUACCUCGAACAGCAAACACCUCAGAAGCCCUUUAGCAAAGCAAACCUUCUUGAAGCUGACGUUUGGAAAGAGUUUUUAGCGCGUCCGUCUCUUCCUUACGUUCUCCGACUUUUGUCUGGUCUCUGUAAGGGACACGCCAAUACUCAGGUUCUAGUCGGCGAGACAGCUGUGCCAGCCAUACAUCGCCUUGAGCAAGUCUCAUCCGAAGAAAAAGUUGGCUCGUUGGCAGAGAACCUAAUGGAAGCGCUGAGAGAGCAUCCUGAUGGUGAAAAGAAGGUAGAGGAAGUCCGCCGCUCAACUCGAAAUGAAAAGAAGAAGCUCGCUAUGGCUAUGAGAGAAAAACAGCUGGGAGCUCUUGGGAUGCAGACAACUUCUGGAGGAAAGAUCAUUGCCAAACCGUCAAAUUUACUGCGUGAGAUGGAAGAGCUACAAGAGGAGUCCGGACUGGCUUGUUGUAUUUGCCGCGAGGGUUAUAAAUAUCAUCCACAAAAGGUUCUCGGUAUCUACACAUUCACCAAAAGAUGCAUACUAGAGGAAUUCGAAAACAAACAACGAAAAACACAGGGGUAUUCAACUGUAAGUCACUUUAAUAUCGUGCACUACGAUUGUCACAUGGCCGCAGUGAGACUCGCUCGGGGUCGUGAUGAGUGGGAAAGCGCCGCCCUUCAGAAUGCAAACACCAAGUGCAAUGGUCUUUUACCAAUCUGGGGUCCUCAGGUCUCUGAAUCAGCGUUUGCGAGUUGCUUAGCAAGACACAACAGUUACAUUCAAGAAUGCACAGGUCAUCUGGAGCCGACAUAUCAUGCUUCCAUUCACGAUCUGCGCCUGUUGCUACAGCGGUUUGCGUUUGAAAAAUCAUUCAGUGAGGACACUGGUGGCGGAGGACGAGAUUCGAACAUCAAAUUUGUGCCAUAUGCCAUGCACAUGAUCCUUUACGUUCUGAACACAACGCGGCAGUCGAGUCGAGAGGAGAAGUCCCUAAAAUCCUUCCUGGACAUGCCCGUGGAGAAAUGGGUUGAAUCGUCGUUCGAGGUGGACAGUCCGCUUUACCUGACAUUACUGUCACUGUUUGUUUACUCGCUGGAAAACUGGAAUCAGUCAAAGAUCACUUUCCUCAAAAGACUUCUCGUUACUGCGCACGCUCGGCAUACAAAUCCCUCGGGAACGUCCAAGAUAACGAAUGUGAACAUAGCCGAGUACUCUGUAUACCGACCUUAUAUCGUGUACUUUGUUCUAAUCGAUAGACUUCAUCAGCUGCUGAAGAAACAUUUGGCAGCGGAUGAUAGUGGAUGGCCACAGGGAAUGCUGGACUACAUUCGAAACAACGAUGAAGCCGUGUUGAAAGGCGGUGACAAGAUUUUGUCAUUCUACCAGACGGAUCUUUUACCUUCAGAGUCAUUAAUGGAGUUGUUUGAUGUGGCAGAACUGCUGUCCGACAUCCCAGAACCAGAGACGUUUAUUUCUGAGCUUCUCGCGUCACUGCCAAAGUAGACUCCCGCUUCAAAGUGCCGACCCCAUCUUAACCUACAUUGGAAUGCGUCGCCUGUAACAGACUUAGAGUGUUGAAGAUAAAGCUUUGAAAUAAUUUGGACUUUUAAACUAUGAUUCAAAAUUUUGUUAAACCUGUUAAAGUAGUGUGUUAAAAAGUAUCACAAUUAAAGCUGGAAUGAAGCAAGAUGUUGUGA